AUGUCGAAGAAACUGACCAAGUUUCAAAUCAUCCUCGACCGGGGCGCCUUACUGUACCUGCCCGGCCAGGUCCUGUCCGGGCGUGUGCUGCUGGAAACGCAAGCGGACACGGCCGUGCUCGGGUUGCAUUUUCACGUUCUGGGCGAAUGCACGGUGCACGUGCCGCGAGGCCACCGCCGCGACCGGUCACACGAUAAGGAGAACUACAUCGACUUCCGCAUGAAGCUGCUGGAUGACUUCGACAACAAGCCGAUCCUGCUGUCGCCCGGCAUACACUGCUUCCCGUUCAAGCUCGGCCUGCCGGUCUCACUCCCGUCCACCUUUCUCGGUCGGCACGGUUGGGUGCAGUACUACUGCAAGACGAGCCUGCAGGAGACGUCCGGCAUCACGCACAAAAACCAGCAGGUGUUCAUCGUACUGAAUCCCAUCGAUCUCAACCUGGAGGUGCCGAUCAUGAGUAGCCCACUCGAGGCAAACGUCGACCAUCGCGUUGGCGUCGGUUACAUCGGUGGCACGGUCCGUUGCAACGUGGGACUCGACAAGCGUGCUUAUGUGCCGGGCGAGAGCGUUCUGCUCACCGGUGAGGUACACAACCGCACGAACGUGACCGUGAAGCUGCUCAAAUAUGCGCUCAUCGAGACGGUGAAAUACUUCGUCCACGGUAAGCUCGUGCAUCAGGAGCGCCGCGAGCUUGAUGCAAUCGUGCGAGACAAAAUCAAGUCCGGCGGGCGUGACGUACUGCAGAACGGCCAUCUUACGGUGCCACCGUUACCACCCACCAACCUGCUCGGGUGUCAUCUGAUCAAAGUGCAGUACAGUGUUUGCGUGCUGAUUGAACCGAACCUGAUGGAGCGCCAGGAGGCCAUCCGGAUCCCGAUCACGCUGGGGACCUACCCGUUCAGGCGCGAUGACGAGAACCUGCAAGAGUGGGUGGAUAACUACGUGCAGUACCCCACGGCGCUGCCCGUUUCGCGCGGAACACCGUUUGAAGUGCUGCACUAGGCGAGGAUCCGGAUACGUAUAAGGGAUACGUUAGCACCCGUGAUGAACGUACGAACGGCACACAUUGCCGCUUGUUGCUCACAGCCUUGCCCCGUGGGGGGCUGGGCUUGUGCAACGUUUUCCCGGCACGUAGAAAGAGUAGAGUGCCGUAAUAUAAACACGCAACACCGUAAUGUUAACACCGUACCCACAAGUCGCUCGAUUGUUGCGUUGUGCAGCAAUGUGCAUAAUAAACCGAUAG